AUGGAGGUGGUGCUUAAUCACAAGCUCUCCCCCAGUGCUGUGGACGCCCAGGGACAGAAGGAGGAGCAGGCUCUGCUGUUUGUGGGGAAGCGGCUGUGCCCCCUCGGUGCCUCACCCUCGGAGACCUUAGGCAGCCGGUACUGGAUGCACAGCAGACAGGGGCGCCUGAUGGACAUCCUGCGCUGCCGUGGCAAGAGGGGCUACGAGGCCUUUCUGGAGGCCCUGGAGUUCUACUACCCUGAACACUUCACACUGCUCACGGGCCGCGAGCCGGCACAGCGCUGCUCCAUGAUCCUCGACGAGGAGGGGCCCGAGGGCCUGACCCAGUUCUUGAUGACAGAGGUGCGACGGCUGCGGGAAGCUCGCAAGAGCCAGCUGCAGCGGGAGCAGCAGCUGCAGGCCCGGGGCCGGGUGCUGGAGGAGGAGCGGGCUGGGCUGGAGCAGCGGCUGCGGGACCAGCAGCAGGCGCAGGAGCGCUGCCAGCGGCUGCGUGAGGACUGGGAGGCAGGCAGCCUGGAGCUGCUGCGGCUCAAGGAUGAGAACUACAUGAUCGCCAUGCGCCUGGCCCAGCUUAGCGAGGAGAAGAACUCAGCUGUACUGCGCAGCCGCGACCUGCAGCUGGCGGUGGAUCAGCUCAAACUGAAGGCGAGUCGGCUGGAGGAAGAGUGUGCACUGCUGCGAAGGGCCAAGGGGCCUCUCCCCAGCGCGGAGGAGAAGGAGAAGGAGCCGGACAGCGUGGACCUUGUCUCUGAGCUGCGUGCUGAGAACCAGCGCCUGGCAGCAUCAUUGCAGGAGCUGCAGGAAGGCCUGCAGCAGGAGGCCAGCCGCCCGGGGGCCCCGGGCUCAGAGCGCAUCCUGCUGGACAUCCUGGAGCAUGACUGGCGGGAGGCACAGGACAGCCGGCAGGAGCUGUGCCAGAAGUUGCACGCCGUGCAGGGGGAGCUGCAGUGGGCCGAGGAGCUGCGCGACAAGUACCUGCAGGAGAUGGAAGACCUGCGCCUAAAGCACCGCACGCUGCAGAAGGACUGUGACCUGUACAAGCACCGCAUGGCCACCGUCCUGGCCCAGCUGGAGGAGAUCGAGAAGGAGCGGGACCAGGCCAUCCAGAGCCGUGACCGGAUCCAGCUGCAGUACUCACAGAGCCUCAUCGAGAAGGACCAGUAUCGCAAGCAGGUGCGGGGCCUGGAGGCCGAGCGGGAUGAGCUGGUGACCGCGCUCACCAGCUUGGAGGGCGCCAAGGCCCUGCUGGAGGCACAGCUACAGCGGGUCCAGGGUGGUACCUGCCUCAAGGCCUGUGCCUCCUCCCAUUCCUUGUGCUCCAACCUCAGCAGCACCUGGAGCCUGAGCGAGUUCCCCUCACCGCUGGGUGGCCCGGAAAUGACUGGGGAACUGGCUGUCACAGGGGGAUCUGAGCCCCACACUUCGGAGGAGGCCACAGACAGUGAGAAGGAGAUCAACCGGCUCUCCAUCCUGCCCUUCCCCCCCAGCGCUGGUUCCAUCCUCCGCAGGCAGCGUGAGGAGGAUCCCGCACCCCCUAAGAGGUCCUUCAGCAGCAUGUCGGACAUCACAGGGAGCGUGACACUUAAGCCCUGGUCCCCUGGCCUCUCCUCGUCCUCGUCCUCUGACAGUGUGUGGCCUUUGGGAAAGCCGGAAGGCCUCCUGGCCCGGGGCUGUGGCCUGGACUUCCUCAACAGGUCUCUGGCCAUUCGAAUGUCUGGCCGCAGUCCCCCAGGGGGUCCGGAGCCCCAGGAUAAGGGCCCAGACAGCCUGUCAUUCCAUGGGGACAGAUGGUCUGGGGCCAUGGUGCGGAGGGUGAUCUCUGGACCCGGGUCUGCCAAGAUGGAACCAAGAGAGCCAAGGGUGGAACCUGGUGGCCUGGAGGGGGUGUGCCUUGAAGCCGAGGCCCAGCAGAGAACCCUGUCUUGGAAUCUGUUGGACUCAAAGGCCUGCCAGUCCUUCCAUGAAGUCCUGGACGCCUGGGCGAAGGAGCCGGACUCCGAGCCUUUCUAUAUCCGAGCCAACCUCACCCUGCCAGAGCGGGCAGAUCCCCAUGCCCUCUGCGUGAAAGCCCAAGAGAUCCUCCGGCUGGUGGACCCGGCGUACAAGCGGAGGCAGGAAUGGUUCUGCACCCGGGUGGACCCCCUCACACUGCGGGACCUGGACCGGGGCACUGUGCCCAAUUACCAGAGAGCCCAGCAACUUCUAGAAGUUCAGGAGAAAUGCCUGCCUGCCAGCCGGCACCGAAGCCCCCGCAGUAAUCUGAAGAAGCGAGCCCUGGAUCAGCUGCGGCUGGUGAGGCCCAAGCCCCUGGGGGUUCCUGCAGGGGACUCCCCGGAGCAGCUGCUGUUGGAGCCCUGCUCGGAGCCAGAGCGGAGCCUCAAGCCCUACAGCCUGGUGCGGCCGCUGCUGGUGUCUGCCCUGCGGCCCGUGGUGCUGCUGCCCGAGUGCCUGGCGCCCCGGCUUAUCCGCAACCUGCUAGACCUGCCCAGCUCACGGCUGGACUUCCAAGUGUGCCCAGCGGAAAGCCUCUCUGGUGAGGAACUAGGCCUGUCCUCAGCACCUGGAGCCCCCAAGGCCCGGCCCGCCACCCCUGGGCUGGGCAGCAAGAUCCGUGCCAUCCAGGAGUCUGUCGGGAAGAAGCACUGCCUGCUGGAGCUGGGUGCCCGGGGCGUGCGGCAGCUGGUGCAGAAUGAGAUCUACCCCAUUGUCAUCCACGUGGAGGUGACCGAGAAGAAUGUCCGCGAAGUCAGGGGUCUGCUAGGCCGGCCAGGCUCGCGGGACUCGGAGCUGCUGCGGCAGUGCCGUGGCUUGGAGCAGAUGCUCUGGGGGCUGCCCUGCUCCUGGGUGCAGGUGCCCGCCCAUGAGUGGGGCCACGCAGAGGAGCUGGCCAAGGUGGUGCGCGGCCGCAUCCUGCAGGAGCAGGCCCGCCUUGUGUGGGUGGAGCGCGGCAGCAGCAGAGGCUGCUGCAGCAGCAGCGAGGCCUGAGGCCCUCCCAGGCCCAGGGCCUCCUCGGCACUCAGAGGCUGCCAGCCAGCGGAACCCAUGUCUGCGGGGGAGCUGGGUCCUCCCACCUGAGCCUUUCUAGACCUUGGACUCCUGGACGUGGGACACUUGGCUCUGGGUUCUCGUCCUGGCCCGGGCGAGCCCACAGGAGCCCGAGGGACACAGCUCCCACUGCCCUGUACUUGCUGCUCUGGGCCCUCCCACCUGUCCCGUGUCUCCGUGUGGCCCUCGUGGGUCUCACGUGUGUGUCUGUCCUCCCCUUCAACAUGCCCCAGAGUCUGUUCUCAAACUGUGCACACCCCAGUUCUCAGGCCGGCCCGGGCCCGUCCCUCCGCCAGGGCGCACAAGGUCUCCCACGGUCCUUAGCUCUGCUGCCAGGAGCACCGAGCCCACUCCCAUGUGACUCCCGCCACCCCACUCUCAUUUCCCGGGUAUUCGGCCACCUGUGGACACCGUGGCUUCCCUGGUCCACAGUCACCUGUGCCUCAUGGUUCUCUCCACUGCGUCCGUGGUUGUCUCCUGUGUUAUUGUCACGCUCUACUCCUGUGACAUGUGGGCACCAGUGCGUGUGUUCCCAGUGAACACGCCCAGGGCGUGUCUCCCAGGGCCCGCUCCCUGACUGCGCCCGCCUCUCGGUGGGGUGGGGGCUGGCUGCCCUGUCAUUAGAAUGUAUGGCUCGUGGGCUGGGAAUGGGCCCUCUUCACUCAGAAGCUGCACAUUACAGAGCAUUAAACACUGUUUUGUCAUAGAC